AUGUCCUGGUUCAAUAUAAUAAUAAUAGCCACUGCAAUUGUAUCGAUGCUUGUUAGUCUCUUUUGUUUUAAGGAAUUAAAAAUGUGUUUACAUAAACUUUCCAUCGUGGAUGAUACAUUGGAAAUGCUCGGAACGCCAAAAGAAUAUCGACGGCUAUAUAACUGGGUAAUUGGAAUAAUAGUUGGAUGGAUUUCACUGAUUUUUCUCAUAAAUGCAUCUGACAGUUUGUGGUUGAACUACGAAUAUUUCAGUCUCACUCGUAUCUGUGUUCCAUUUGUGGCAAAUCAUUUAGUUCACGUCAAUACCCUCAAUAUUUUGAUAUGGGUAACUAUUCUAAGAUACAUUAAAUCCAGAUUUCAACGGAUCAACGAGCAUAUUUAUAAUAUGUUGGAAUAUAAACGUACCAAAGGAUGGAAUACCUUACAAUUAAUUAGCGAGCAAAGAAGAGAAGUCAAAAAAUAUAAGCAAUAUAUAUGGAUUUUAAGACACGUCCAUUUACAACUAUGCCUCAUAUCACGCGAGCUAAACAAAAUAUUCAGCUUGCCGAUGACAUUACAAAUGGGAUGUUACUUUGUGAUAUUCGUGGAUGUGUCUCGGCAUAUUUACAGAUUAUAUAUAGAUAGAAAUAGAGAUACUGAUCUUGGACAAGUCCUAGAUAAUCUGUUUACCUGUAUAUGGGGUGCUGUACAUAACGCAAAAUUUCUCGCGUUAAAUCUUAUAUGUCAAACUCUCUGCAAUAAGGCGAAUGAGACAAUAGCAAUUCUUUACAAAUUAUUCCCUGAAGAUCUUGAAGAAGAUUUACAAGAACAGAUUCUACAAUUUAUACUACAAAUAAAACAGAGAGAGCUAGAAUUUUCUGGUAUGGGACUUUUCAAUUUUGGUUAUAACUUCGUUCGUAAGUUCUAUGCAUCAGUUGUGACCGUCUUGGUGAUUAUAAUACAGAUGCAUGUUCCUUAUCCACAUCAUGUUAUUCCACCUAGCAAUGACAAAUAUUAA